AGGAUCAUGAGUUAAAGUACUUGGAAUUAUAAAAAAAAAAUUAUAAGAUUAUGCUUAUGAUGUAGAAAUAAUUUCAUAAAUUAUCCAUGAUAAUGAACACAUCUGUUUAUAAAUAUCUUGUUGUGUAUAUUAUAAGACAAGAUUGAUGCCGGCAAUGACGAACAAUUUCCGACGUGUGGUUCAUGAUCCACGUAUUACACAAACUUAUAAAAAUACACAAUAACACGUAUGUAUAUAUAGAGCGUGAUCUAUAUGGUGAAGCAAAAUCCAGUGAGCAAGGUGGAUUUAAAAAUAAAAAUAGCUAGGAGAGGGAGAAAAAAUAGCAAACGCAAGGUAGCAAGGAUAUCAGGAGGGAUGAUUCUCCUACAGAAGGGUGGACGGCAGUAUCGGGUUCCAUGAUCGGCGCUUGCGCCUUGACGCCGAGUCAAACGUAGCGGCUAUAGGUUAAAUCCUCGUAUACGUUUUUGUUGUUCUUCUCGCGUUGCCUCCUGAUCCCGCCUUCAAAAGUACCAGCGGACCAAUCGCGUCGUGUAUGAAAACCAAGUGACGUCAGUCUGAGAUCGGGAUACUCGACAUUAUAUCAGCACGUAGAGAUCCACCACAACCACGAGAAACGGCAGAUACCAGUCGACGAUUGUCAACAGAUCAGUUUCGGUUCUUUCGACUCAUUAUAGAUUCUAAUUAUUCAAUUCGAAAAUUAAUAUAAUAAUUAUUUUAUUAUAUUCCACUAAAAAUUUGUUUUUUAAGUUUGCAGUGAAUUUUAUCAAGUGAAAAAACUCUGUGAUUUAUUUUAAAAAAAAAUUUAUAGAAAAAAUACUCAUAAUUAAUUAAGAAAAAUUUAUUAAUCAUGAAUGGAACAGCAAUUGGAACUCCUGAUAAUCAACUUCAAAGACAGUCUUCGCAAAACGACACCAGCUCUGAACAUCCUCGUAGUCCUGGAAGUCCUCUAAGUAUUCGCCAUGAUUCUGGAGAGUCCAGUAUAAUUUCUCCAGGACUUCCAGAGCGUUAUAGCCCGCUGGGAGCUACUGAAUCAACAUCAAGCCAUGAUCCUUACGCUUCGCGCUCGGUCCAAGAUUGUCCUGUUCCGCUGUGCCGUCCGUUGCCGUCGGAAUUCCCGCUGGCUCGAUCGCCGUACAUGUCCGCGUUGUCAAAUGGGCAUCCGCACUUGCUCCAGGUCCAGCAACAUCAGCACCAGCAUUCCCAGCAUCAGCAGUCUCAGCAACUACAGCAGUCACCGCAUCAACUCCAGCAGUCCCAGCAUAAUAACAAGCCCUCAAGAAGCUUAGGACUUAUCUGUGUUGUUUGCGGAGACACUAGCUCCGGGAAACACUACGGAAUUCUUGCGUGUAAUGGCUGCAGUGGAUUUUUCAAGCGGAGUGUGCGGAGAAAAUUAAUCUACCGGUGUCAAGCGGGAACCGGCAGAUGCAUCGUCGACAAGGCUCAUCGUAACCAAUGUCAAGCUUGCCGUCUCAAAAAGUGCAUGGCCAUGGGGAUGAACAAAGAUGCGAUACAACUAACUCGCGCUGCAUGGAAGGAUUGCCUGAUGAUGAAUAAUCAAGAGGAAACUCGUUGGAUUGUUGCAGCCGUGCAAAAUGAAAGGCAGCCCAGGAACACGGCAACCAUAAGACCUGAAGCUUUAGUCGAGAUGGAUCAGGAACGAGCGCUGAGGGAAGCUGCCGUUGCUGUUGGAGUUUUUGGACCACCAGUAUCAUUAGCGAUGGCCAGAUAUGGAGCACCGAUGCCAUUAUCAGCAAUAGCCCCAACGUCGACUGCGAAUCCACCACCUGUACCAACACCCCUACCGCAACGCGACGACCCCGAUGGAAACGCAUCAGAAGACAGUAUAGAUGUGACCAACGAAGAACCACUUACUGCCCAAAGGAAUCUUUGUUCCCAAUUGCCUCCUGUAAUGACAUCGCUUUACUCGCCAGCAAGCGCAGAAACAGUUUACGAAACUAGUGCAAGAUUAUUAUUCAUGGCUGUAAAAUGGGCCAAAAACCUCCCUUCGUUCGCCAGCUUGCCGUUCCGCGACCAAGUGAUACUCCUCGAAGAAGCCUGGUCUGAGUUGUUUCUUCUCAAUGCCGUGCAAUGGUGUCUACCUCUCGAAUCAUCUUCACUCUUCAAUGCCGCGGAAUUAACCGCACUUACUCUAUCGCCACACAAUCAUUCGCACUCAGGAAUGCACUUGCCCAACGAAGACAAGCCUAGUCAAGUAGCCGCUGAUAUUCGACAUCUUCACGAUACUUUGCAGAGAUACAAAAAUAUAAUGGUUGAUCCUGCCGAGUUUGCUUGUAUGAAAGCUAUUGUUCUUUUUAGACCAGAAACCCGAGGAUUGAAAGAUUCAAGUCAAAUAGAAAAUCUUCAAGACCAAGCACAAGUAAUGUUAGGACAACAUGCGCGUGCUCAGCAACCCGGUAGGCCUGAAAGAUUCGGAAGACUUUUGUUGAUGCUAUCACUGCUGAGAAGCAUACCAGCAUCGCGAGUUGAGCUUAUUUACUUCCAUCGAACUAUUGGAAACACACGAAUGGAAAAAGUUUUGUGUGACAUGUAUAAAAAUUAAUGAUUAUGGUUGCCACAAAACUGAUUAAUUAAUUGAAGCUAAUGUUUUUACGUAAAGUAUCUAAUCUCAUAAUCAUUAAAUAGCCUAAUUCAUUUUCUAUGAAAAUCUGGCCUCAUACUCGUAUAAAUGUAUAAUAAAAAAAAAUUAUGAUUAACGAUAGAUAAUUUAAGUUA